AAAUGUAUUUUUUCAUACAUAGAUCAUAAUAUUUUAUCCAGAACUUCUUAAGAAAUGACAGAGAAAACAAAGAAGGAAUUUUUUUAAUGAAUUUAGAGUUCUUGCUUAUCUGUUAAAGGGUUGGCAAGUUUCUAUUUUUAUAGGUGUAAUGAAGGUUAAGAAUGGAGAAUUUGCCAUUGAAGCGCGUUUGUUCUUGUUGGGGUGAGUGAAAAUGGGGAGCCAUAGAGGCAAAAAGCCUAAAGUUAUUUAAAGAAAGCGAAAGGAAGAAGAAGGAAAGGGAGGCGUUUGGUUGAAGCUCCCAAGAUUAAAAUUUAGUAAUUAUUACUGUAUUUGUUUGUGUUCUGUUUUGUGAAUCUUUGCCUUGAAAUUUCUUUACUCUCUUCUUCUUCUUCUUUAAUCUUCAAACUCCCUUGCAAUCCACUGAAAAAGGAUCAGACAUCGUAGAAAAGAAAAGAGAAAGAGAGAAGGAUUCUGUUAAAUGAUUCUCAAAUCUUGUUCCUUCUUCCUUCUUCCCUGUUACCGUUUUUUUCUCUGUUUACCCAAAUCAUUCUUUGUUUCUGUUUUCUGAAAAUCGUUUUUGGGGUUUCUUUUAUACUCCCAAGAAAAGAAAGCAAAAAAAGAGAAAAAAAAAAAAAGAAAAAAAAGAGGACCCUUUUUCGUAUUCUUCUUCUUCCAUUCGCAACCAUGACCGAGGUUGUUCUUCAUUCCCCUUCUCAUUUUGCUUCAUCCCGCAGAAGGGUUUCUUCUUCUUCUUCUUCGCCUUCCACGGUUACUGUUACAUGUCCAACGCCUCCCAAUGAUGGAUCUCUCCUUGUCAACAUGCAUCCUCAAACACCCACUUCCCCUUCUUCUUCUUCUUCUUCUUCUUCUGUAAAUGGGGAUGGGGAUGGGGAUGUUACCGUGAUGGAAUGUGAAGUGGAGGAGGUGGUGGGGAAGGACCGGUUUAAGCAAAGAAGAGAUCAGCUCUCAUUGUUGGCUUUAGUUGUAACCCUUUUCAGGAAAUCUUUAAUUGCUUGCAAGAGUGAUAGAAGAGAGCUAUGUGCAAUGGAGAUCGGUUGGCCGACUAAUGUACGCCAUGUCGCCCAUGUUACUUUUGAUAGGUUUAAUGGAUUCUUGGGUUUGCCUGUUGAGUUUGAACCAGAAGUGCCUCGCAGGGCUCCAAGUGCUAGCACCACGGUGUUUGGAGUUUCAACUGAAUCCAUGCAACUGUCAUAUGACUCGAGAGGGAAUAGCGUGCCAACAAUUCUUAUACUAAUGCAACACUGUCUGUAUGCUCAAGGUGGCUUGCAGGCUGAAGGUAUUUUCAGAAUUAAUGCAGAAAACAGUCAAGAGGAGUAUGUACGUGAUCAGUUAAAUCAAGGAGUGGUACCCGACGACAUUGAUGUACAUUGUUUAGCUGGCCUUAUCAAGGCUUGGUUCAGAGAACUCCCAGCUGGGAUUUUGGAUUCUCUGUCGCCCGAGGAGGUCAUGGAGUGCCAGACAGAAGAAGAAUGUGCUGACCUAAUAAGGCAUCUACCUCCUAGUGAAGCUUCUCUGCUGGAUUGGGCAAUCAACCUAAUGGCAGAUGUUGUCCAGCAGGAACAUUUCAACAAAAUGAAUGCUCGCAACAUCGCUAUGGUUUUUGCACCAAAUAUGACUCAGAUGGCCGACCCUUUGACGGCAUUGAUGUAUGCCGUCCAAGUUAUGAACUUUCUCAGGAUGCUCAUCUUAAGGACACUCCGGGGAAGGGAAGACUCCAUUCUCGACUCCGCUGCUACACAUUUAGAGCCGCCUGAUGAGAGUGGCCACCAGAGUCCUUCACAGCCCUGCCUUGGAAAUACCAUCACUGUAUUUCAGGUGGCAGAGCAAACCAUGCCUGAAUUUUUUGCAGAACCGCCUGUUCUAGAAACGUAUUCCGACUGUAACAAAGGUGCACGUCUUUCUGAUGGAGAUGUUUUUUCUUUAAGCCACGUCAAGAAACUGUUACCUAAUCGAUAUAGAUCUUUACGGAAUGCCCAAGAAGACAAAGAAGCUGUUGCAGGCAAUGACAUGAAGGCAGAAGUUGUAAUCCAAACUGAUCUAUCAAAUGUUCCUAAUCUGAAAAAGGAAACUAACAAACUAAAUAACCAGAACUCUGUAUUCCAAGUCUUGGCACCGGUACCGGUAGAGAAGCGGCUCAGCAACCUUAGUUGUAUAAAUUCAUGGACAGAGCGAAUUGAAGCUUGGCGAUAAAUAGGUUAAACUGUUAACGAAACUUGCUGUGCUAUAAAAGAUGACACUUUUUGAAAAGUUUGUUGAAUAUGCUGACCUGACCCCAUAUGAGGUUGCUAAUUUUUACGCAUGUUUGGCUUAA